CCUAAUCGCUCAUCAUUAUUCAGUGAAUCUUUUCUUUAAAAGAAAUGUAAUUGCAAACACAGCAAGUUUACUGCGCUCAAAGGAAUUUGAAAGCUCAUUUUUCAAAAUUUAAAAGUUUGCCGUUCGGGGGGAGAAUUUCAGUAAAAAGCAAUGCAAUUAUUCGAUAGCUGUAACCGUGAUGCCGUUUGAGUAUUUCAUCAUUAUCGAUAUUAUUCACAUGCUUACGGGAAUUGGAGGAAAGAGUUUGAAAAGUUUUUGAGUUCUCUGGGGGAUAUAGAUUUUAACGGAAUGAAAUGAACGACUCUUGAAAGUGCAUCGGAGAAACAUAAAAUAAAGGUAAGAUGAAAGCUUACCAGAUUUUAUUACUCUUUUCACUCUGCGGAUUCUCCGUCUCAUUAUUAGAUGAAGAACUUUCACCGAAACCCAAAGGAAACACUAGGAGUGCAAGAAGUUUAGAUCUUGGGAUACCAAAAGGAGGAACCAAAGAAGAUUGGACUGUUCAGCCAGUUAAAAUUAUAAUCAGAGAUAAGCCAAAUUUAAUUAAGGUGCCGCAUCCAUAUCCUGUGAAGCACUACGUUCCCGUACCAAAAGUUGUUCCGGUUUUAAAAAAAGUACCAGUCUUAAAACCACUGCCAGUUCCUUACUUUGUGCCAAAAUUCAAACUCAUACCGAAGAAAGUUUUGAUUCCUAAACCAGUGAAAGUUAUAAAAAAGAUACCAGUACCAAAACCUUACUUUUACAAGAAAGAAGUUCCCAUACCAAAGCCAGUUCCAGUACCAAAGUUGUUUCCAGUCCCAGUACCAAAAUUUUACAAAAAGAAAGUACCGGUUCCGGUGCCAAAAAAAGUAUUCAUUCCUAAGUUUGUACCUAUGCCAAUCCCUGUACCAAAGGUUGUAAAACAACCCAUACAUAUUGUAAUCAAGGAAAAACCAAAGAGGAUUCCCGUUCCGAAAUUUGUGCCAGUUCCAAAGAUUGUAAAAUUGCCAAAAUUGGUGCCUGUUAAGAAACCUAUCUUCAUCAAAAAACCGUAUCCAGUUCCUCAUGUUGUAACCAAAAUAAAGCCCAUACCGAAAUUCGUACCUAUUCCAAAGAUUGUAAAAGUUCCAAAGUUUAUUCCGGUUCCAAGUCCUUACAUGAAACCUAAGCCUGUCAAAGUAUUUAAACCUUACUUUGUAAAAAAGCCAGUUCCUAUUCCAGUUCCAAAACCCUACAUUAAGAAAAAGUUUAUUCCCGUGCCGAAACCUAUACCAGUACCAAUAUUUAAACCUUUUCCAAAACCAAUUCCGAAGAUCGUUAAGCAACCUAUUCACAUUGUUAUUAAAGAGAAACCUACAUCUGUUCCUGUACCACACCUUGUUCCUAUACCGAAAAUAGUGAAAAUUCCAAAAAUUGUUCCAGUUAUGAAAAAAAUACCUGUACCUAAGAAAGUGCCGAUACCUGUUAUUGUGAAAAAAGUGAAAAUGAUUCCUAAAAUUGUACCCUAUCCAAAAAUAGUAAAAAUCCCAAAGCCUGUCCCAUUUCCAAAGCCGUUCAUGGUACCGAAACCUGUGAAAAUAUAUAAGCCAACUUUCUACAAGAAACCAGUUCCAGUGCCUAUUCCAAAAUUUGUGAAAGUCAAAAUACCAAUUCCUGUGAAGAAACCAGUGUUUGUUCCUAUAUUGAAAGCUGUACCGUUUCCAAUUCCAAAACCUAUCAAGGUUCCUGUUGAAAUCAUCAGGGAAAAGGCUAUCAUAAAGAAAGAGCCAGUAAAAAUGGAAUUACAUGGGAAAGAACUUGAUCCCACCGGUGCAGAAGAAAAAUCGUUAGUCGAUUUGAUCGACAAAGACUUUGGCGUUGGUGAAGACAAGAUAAAAGCCAUGCUUCUUGAAAGCUUAAAGACAAGCUGAAUUGAGUGCAAGUCCAAAACGGAUUUCGAUAGAAUGGACAACUUAAAUUGAAAGUUUUCACAGUCCCUGCCAAGUCCUUAAUUUUAUUUACUCGCUUUAACUAAAAGUGCCAAACAAAGUUUCGCUAACGAAACUUACUGUUUGUUAACUGUAUAGUUUUUCCAGUCUGUAAAUGUAUUCUCGAAAUAACUUUUAAUACUUAUUAGAAAUUUUAAUUUGAAAUAAAUUGUUUUACAUUGUG